AAAAGCUCACAGAUUGCCAUUUUCCGCUCACAUAUUGUCCUUAAAAAUGCCGUCAAACUUGAACCUAGCUUGCAAAACAGUAGCCUCUGUCUCUUUUUCUCCCUCUCUUUGAGUGCUUAUCUUAACGGCUACAUGAAAUCUCAAUCAUGGAUGAUCAUAAAAGCUGUAAUUUGCAUAAUAUUAAUGCAAAGUUGCAGAGGAUUAUCAUCUAAAGGAGAUGAUAAAAUAGUGAGAUUGCCAGGGCAACCAAAAGUCAGUUUCCAGCAAUAUGCAGGCUAUAUUACCAUUGAUGAAAAACAGAAGAGAGCUCUCUUCUAUUACUUUGUUGAAGCAGAAACUGAGCCUGCUUCAAAGCCUCUCCUUCUCUGGUUAAACGGAGGGCCUGGUUGCUCUUCUGUUGGUGCUGGAGGAUUCUCUGAGCAUGGACCGUUCAGGACUACUGAUGGAAAAACUCUUAUCAGACAUCAAUAUAGUUGGAAUAAAGAAGCAAACAUACUCUACCUGGAUUCACCUGCAGGAGUUGGCUUUUCUUAUUCUGUUGAUACGUCAUUCUAUAAUACUGUGAAUGACACCAUCACAGCACAAGACAGCCUCAAAUUCCUGCAAAAUUGGCUUGUGAAAUUUCCCGAGUAUAAAAGCAGAGAUUUGUUUAUCGCUGGGGAAAGCUAUGGAGGUCAUUACGUACCACAACUUGCUGAGCUAAUUGUCUUGUCAGGAUUACAUUUCAAUUUGAAAAGAAUAGCUUUGGGAAAUCCUCUGCUGGAUUUCAAUACAGACGCAAACUCACGGGGUGACUUCUUCUGGUCUCAUGGGUUGAUAUCAGAUUCUACUUAUAAACUUAUCACUGAAACUUGCAGCACUUCACAGCUCCUUAGAGAGAAACUGAUCACAGGCUCACUUUCAGUUGCUUGUAAAGCUGUGACUGAUCAACUUUCCAAAGAAAUUCCUGAUGAGAUUAAUAUCCAAGAUGUCAUAGCUGAUGUAUGUGUAUCAGAUGGGCAAUCAGAACUGAAAGUCUAUAAUCAUCCCUUGAGUAAAAGAUUUCAGCCUAAAUCUGCAGAAAAUAUAGAUGUUUGUGUAGAAGAAAAGACUUCUGCGUAUAUGAACAGGAAAGAUGUGCGAGAAGCUCUUCAUGCACAGCUUGUAGGAGUUAGCAAUUGGAGUAUCUGCAGCGAGGUAUUGAACUAUGACAAGAGAAACUUCGAAAUACCUAUGAUUGAUGUCGUGGCCUCAUUGAUAAGAUCAGGCAUCCAAGUUCUAGUGUACAGUGGAGAUCUAGAUGCAGUUGUUCCAUUUAGGGGAUCAAGGACUUUGGUAAGUGGCUUGGCAACGAAGUUGGGACUGAAUGCAACUGUGAGUCAUCGACCUUGGCUUCAUGAUAAACAGGUUGGUGGAUGGACACAAGUAUAUGGAGAUAAUCUUACGUUUACAACUAUUAGAGGAGGAUCUCAUUUGGUUCCUUUCUCAUCACCCAAGAGAUCACUAGCAAUGUUUAAAGCAUUUGUUGCUGGAAAACCACUUGCCUAGUUAAGAACAUAGAAAAAAGUUUCGAAAAUUUUCAAUUCUGUCAUCCAUGUUUGUCAAAUAAUUUAGGUGCACGCAGUGUAUAUGCUCCCUUGCUCCCAAAAGCUGGAUCUGACGCUCCUCAAUUCAAGAAAAAUCAAUUAUUUUUGUGACUGAUGAUGCAUACAUAUGUGGUACACUUAAUCAAUUAAGGAAGUAAGGUGUAUUGUUGAAUUUGCCUCCAUGUUUGAACAAUAAUACCUUUUUCAUUAAUAAGCAAAUAAUGUGUUUGAAUUUCUUGUGCAA